AUGGCAACAAACGGCACUUCAUCCACCUACUCGAUCCCGCGCGAGGCACGAAGCCUACUCGACAACGGGAUCUUGAAGAAUCCCCUCAUUGCUCCCAACCUUCCUCAAGAGAUUGAAGAAUGCGCAAAGACAAUUAAAUUUAAAGGCAAUGAUGCGCCUAGUUUAGCCAUCAACUGGCGUUUCGCCGAAAGCAUCUCUGCCUUGAAAGGCCUAGAAGCCGCCAUGGUAAACGUCCUGCUAAAGAGAAAAUACAACCUUGAGCCGCAGGAAGUCGAGAUAGACACCGACCACGCCCAACUCUUCUUCAUGUCCGGCUUCCUUGCCGCCAUCGACCCAGACGGCGAAAACAUAAACUUUAUCAGCAAACCCCUGUCAAAAAGCAACAGCGCAUACGACAAAUACUUCAAAGACUGCGACAAAUACGACAUGCUGCGGAAUGCAUACCGUACAUCAGCCACAAACAUCUAUCGAUGCAAGGACGGCCGCUACUUCCACACGCACGGCUCCAUGAACCCAGAUCACACACAAGAUUAUCUCGGCCUACCGCACGACAUGGACGUCGCAACUCUCGAAGCCCCAUGGGCCCCGUACGUCGAAAAGAUAGCACAGAUAGACUCGCACGAGAUGCAGCGUCUCGCAUCCGAUGUCUCCAAGCAAGCAGGCACCAUCUGCUGGACCACCGAAGAAUUCAAAAACAGCGAGCACGGCAAGGCAAACGCGCACGUCGGCCUUUUCGAAAUCCACAAGGUGGGAAAUGCAAAGCAGCCGCCCUGCUGGUGGCCAGAUAGCCCGGAAACGAGUCCUCAGCGUCCGCUGGCCGGACUCAAGGUCGUCGACUUGACGCGGAUUAUCGCUGCACCAGUUCUCACCAGUGGACUUGCUGAGCUUGGUGCAUCCGUCAUGCGUGUUACCGCUGAGCACCUAGCAGAUAUCUCGACACUGCAUGUUAGUCUCAACUGGGGAAAAUGGAAUUCGCACCUCGAUUUCCGCCGUGAAGAAGACCGCGAGAAGUUGCGUGCGCUGGUGCGCGAAGCAGAUGUCGUGGUCCAGGGAUAUCGGCCCGGUGUCCUGGAUAAGUACGGGUUCUCGGUUGAGGGCUUGUUGGAGUUGACGAAGGAGCGGGAGAGGGGAUUGAUUGUUGUAAGGGAGAAUUGCUAUGGGUGGUAUGGGCCCUGGGCGUAUCGGAGCGGGUGGCAGCAGGUUUCUGAUGCGUGCUGUGGUGUCUCGAUGGAGUUUGGGCGCGCUAUGGGGAAUGAUGAGCCUGUUACGCCGAUUUUCCCCAACAGCGAUUUUUGCACUGGUGUUGCGGGUGUGAUUGCUGUGCUGAAUGCGGUGCUGAAGCGAGGGGCUGAGGGUGGGUCGUAUCAAGUUGAUGUCGCGCUGAAUUACUACUCCCAAUGGCUCGUCAAUAGCGUUGGCACGUACCCGAAAGAUGUCUGGGAAGAUGUCUGGACGCGCAAUGGACGCGAGGUUUUCCGGCACUAUCAUAAUAUUCAGUAUACGCUGAUACAUUAUAUGAAGAUGAUCCAGGCCAAUUCCAGCACUAUACUCUUCAAUCCAGACUUUUUUGAAGUGCGGCACUCGGGGGCUAUUGGAAAGGAUAUAAAGGUUGUGAAACCGAUUGCUCAGUGGAAGCAGGGCAAGGUGAAGUUGGGAUUCAAUGUGGGGGCAAGGGGAAAUGGGGUGGAUCAGCCGAGGUGGCCAAAGGACUUGAUGACUGAGGUUGUAGCGUAG